UAUACAAACAUCUUUUUUAACAUUAUUACCAUCCAUGCGACAAGGAAAACCGCGUUGUUGCCAAAACCUUUGAGAACAUUAUUACUGAGCCUAGCUGCCACCGAUGUUGGUGUUGGUUUGUUGGUCCAACCACUCUACAUUUCUACCUUGGUGAGCAGGUUAAAACAAAAACGUAUCGACUGCAUUUACGACAAGGGAUUGUCCGUCGUUAUCAAUUUCUUUUGUAUAUCCUCGUUCUUAAAUGUUGUAGCCAUAAGUGUGGACAGGUUCUUAGCUGUUCAUCUUCAUCUCAGAUAUCAAGAACGUGUCACUCACAAGCGCGUAAUUGCCGCCGUGAUAUCAAUA